AUGGAGGACUAUGAAGCGAGCAUAACUGAGGAGCAAGAGGAGGAGAUUGCUGAGGAGAAGAUUAUCAACGAGGAGUACAAAACAUGGAAGAAGAACGCGCCCUUCCUUUAUGACAUGAUAUUAAGUACAGCACUGGAAUGGCCUACCCUCACUACCCAGUGGCUACCAGAUAAACAAGAGCUUCCUGACAAGCCGUAUUCGACACAUCGACUUCUGAUCGGCACCCAUACCUCCAAUGAUACCCAAAAUUAUUUGCAGAUUGCCCAUGUCCAGCUACCAAAUCCUACAGCCCCCGAUGCGGAGGACUACGAUGAUGAAAGAGGGGAAAUUGGAGGCUAUGGAGUCUCCGGGUUACAAAAGAACCCCAUGGAAGUAAAAUUUCACAUUGUUCAGAAAAUUGACCAUAAGGGUGAGGUAAAUAAAGCCAGAUACCAACCACAAAAUCCAAAUCUGAUCGCUACUAUGUGCACUGAUGGAAGAGUCAUGAUUUGGGACCGCUCGAGGCAUCCAAGUUUGCCCACAGGCAUUGUAAGCCCCGAAUUAGAAUUACUUGGCCACACUAAGGAGGGGUUUGGUUUGAGUUGGAACCCGCACAGUACAGGACAUCUAGCGACUGGAAGUGAAGAUAAGACUGUGCGACUAUGGGACCUGAACAAAUAUACCAAAGGAAACAGAGCGAUAAAACCAGCCCGAACCUAUUCUCAUCAUUCCUCCAUUGUGAAUGAUGUUCAGUAUCAUCCCCUGCACUCAUCUCUCAUUGGAACUGUCUCCGAUGAUAUUACUUUACAGAUUCUGGAUGUUCGCGAAUCUGAUACAAACCGGUCUGCAGCAUCUGCCAAAGACCAGCAUAAGGAUGCAAUUAACGCGAUUGCCUUCAACCCUGCAGCUGAAACUGUCCUUGCCACUGGGUCAGCUGAUAAAACCAUUGGAAUAUGGGAUCUACGAAACUUGAAGUGCAAACUACAUGCUCUGGAAUGCCAUCAAGAUUCAGUUACCUCUUUGGCAUGGCAUCCAUUUGAAGAAGCUGUUCUCGCGAGCGCGAGCUAUGAUAGGAGAAUCAUGUUUUGGGAUCUUAGCCGAGCGGGCGAAGAGCAGACGCAGGAAGAUUCGGUGGACGGGCCUCCCGAAUUGCUAUUUAUCCAUGGCGGUCACACAAACCGAAUCUCUGAUUUCAGCUGGAAUCUAAACGACCCAUGGGUACUCUGCUCUGCGGCUGAGGAUAAUCUACUUCAGGUCUGGAAAGUCGCAGACGCGAUUGUUGGGAAGGACUUGGAAGAUGUACCGACUGAGGAGCUUGAAACAUGA